UAACGAUAUGAGACAGCUGUCUUACUUUUAGUCUAUCAAAAUUCUCGUGCUUAAAAUUGGUUGUUAAAACAUAAAAAGGAAGAAAUGAACAGUCAUCCGGCGAGCAAAAAAAACCACCGAGUGCUGGUGGCUCUUACAGAUGACAAAAAACGUGGUUCUGCGGAAGUUACAGUUCUGGAGAAUGAUAUUAGGAUCUUGGACAAUAAGUCCAUGUUGUUAAGGAUGCAAAACUCCACAGCUAAGGUGGUGAACUCCUGGGAACCUCCUCGCUACUAUCGCCAUUUGGAGUUCGAUGCCAUCGGCUAUGAACUCGAGCCCAGCAUUCGCACAGAAUUGAGCGAUUUCAUGGCCCAAAUGAUUCGGAAUCAUCGUCAUGGAAGUUUGCUGCGCUUUUCCUCCCUCCAGAGGAACCAAAACCCCAACUUUCUAACCCGUCUCUUGGUCACAGAAGUGGACAAACUAAUGGUGGAACUGCGCUGCCGCUUAAAAGCCGUUAAUGUGGACUAUUUUGAUGUCCGGAAAUUCGACAUGGUCAACAUGUUGGUGGAACCCAAUGCAGUUCCUAACCGUCGAAGGUGUAACACUGCGGUAAAAAGUGUCUGCAGCACCAGGGAGUUGUACCAAUGGCUAAUUAAUGAUUUUACCAACUUAAGAGGUCGUGGCCUGGGCGACGACUAUCUAGACUUUGAGUUUGUGUACCGAGAUAGCAUGGCCUUGCAGCACAGGAUUCACCUUUCAGUCUUUCACAUCUUUGGCAGCGAAAGUCGACCUGAUUUAGUUGACUUCUUCAGAAGUUUGCCACAGGGCAGGCUAAAUGGAAGCACCCUUUUGAACGACUGCCUGAAAGAGUCCUUUGACCUCAAGUCUCUCCAGCCUGCAGUAGUCAUCUUUGAGUUGCCCAUUGCACCCGAUUUAAGUGAUGAUAGGCGCAAGAUCUUAAAACUAGCUGAUCUGGCCUUUGCUUCCUUGCAGAAAGUCCGAAAAGUAAUGACCAUCUCUCAGAGUACUAUAAAUUUCGGCAAGUUAAACAGGAAAAUAGGAACUGAAAUCCACAGUUCCGUGAGAUCUGUGCCGAAUGUUUCGCUGGCCCAUUGGCGUCGCACGGCCAAGUUCUCGGACGAGGACUACAAUGGCUUGGCCUAUUGGUAUGGUCGCAUAGACUCCAAGUUCGCAGAGCUAAAACUGGCCAUGGAACAGCACUUUGUAGAGCUGUACAGGAGGAAAAGUCUGGGUUUGCGCAGUGAAAUUAGAUCCAUUAACCAGGAUUUGAGCGAAGAGAAUGACGAAAGUGGUGGCGAUGGAGCAAGGCCGCCAAGAGCUGUUCUGCAAUUGGAUUCCACGAGGAAAGUAUACUCUGUCUUGAAGAAAGAAUUUAAGAGGCUCGAAGUGGAAGCCGAGAAAACCACCUAUGCCUCCACUUUAAAGGUCUACAUCAGCACCAAAAACUACGAACUUUCAGAAGCGGAAAAGUCACUCAAGCAAAGGGAGUUCGAGAACCUAAGGCUCGGUUUGAUUCAGUACAUAAAUACGCCGGAUUCCAGCAUUUACGGGGACUAGGAGUUUAACUAAAUGCCACG